AUGGCGAAAGAGAGGAGCGGGUCCGCUAUUCAAUUUGGAAAUAAUUGCGAGCAAUGCGGUCAGCAAAUUAAUGAAAUGUUUUUUUGCAAAUCUUGUGAAGCAAAAAUUUUCAAAGAAAAGCUACUGAAAUGGAGCGAAGAUUGUGAACUCGGCGAAUUAUUUCAAAAGUUGCUUCUAAACAAAGAAAAAACAAUUGAUAAUAUGAAUGAUUUUGAGUCUUAUAAUGAUACCGAUCAAUUUUCUGAAUUGAGUUUGAUUUCUGUCGAUAAGCAGAAAGAAACUUCUAAAGAUACAACGCAAUCUGAAACGCACCGUAUCUGUAUAAGCUGCGGGAAAAAAAUGAAGUCUUUGUGCAAUACAUGUGUACGUGAGAGUUUUAGCAAUGUUUUCUCGGAAUGGACAAGUGGAAACGCAGAAAUAGAUGCUAUAAUCCGUGAGUCACAAUCAAGUUCCCAGAGUUUGAAUCAAAUAAUUGAAUGGAUACCUUUUGAAAAUUUCCAAGAAACGCAAAGCACAAGUUACACUAGCAUGGAUUCUACGAUAUGGGCAGACGGACCUAUAAAACAAUGGGACGAAAAGAAAAAAAUAUUUAAAAGAAAAAAAAAUUUUAAGGUGACAUUAAAAUUUCUGGAAAGCGAAGGAUUUCUCGAAGAGGGAUAA